AUAUCUGGUGACGUUUUGUUUUCGCAGAUGUUACGAUUUUUGUCCGAAGAAAAAACAUGUUUCUCAGGCUAGAAAUAAAUACAUUUUAAGUCCAAUUUCUUCACUAAAGUAAUUUGUUAUACUCCUAUGUGAUAAAAAAGUAUAAACGUAAUAUUUCUAAGUGUAGUUUAUUUAUUUUGACUCCAAACAACCAUGGAUCCCUUUAUUAUUGCUGCUAUAAUUAGUGCAAUUGUUAUAGUUUUACUAUCCGUUGCUUUCUUACGGGUGGGAUCACAAAUAAAACCACAAGGUGGAGCAAGACCCAGAGCAGUAGCCCAGAGAGAUGGAGGUCCUGGAAGAGUACAAGCUGUUCGUAAUCAAAGAGCACGAAUGAGAGCCAAUGCUGCUCGACACCAAGCUGCUGCUCUUGAGGAGGAACCAGAUGUAGUAGAUGAAGUUGAAGAAGACAAUCCUACUGAGACCCAAAAAGUUGAAUUUGACGACAAAAUGGGUGCCAAGAAAAGAGCUAAGCUAGAAGCAAAAAUGGAGAAGAAGAAGGCUAGGGAAGCAGAAGAGCAAAUGAGAGAGAUCAAAAAGAAGAAAGAUGAAGAACUAGAACAAGAAAGGAAAAAGAUAGAAGAAAAACAGGAGGAAGAAGAACGUCAAAGAGAGGAAGCUGAGCGCAAAGCAGAAGAGGAAAGAAAGAGACGUGAACAAGAAGAAUAUGAAGCCAUGAAAGCAGCAUUUACUGUGGAAGGCGAGGGCUUUGACGAAAAUGAUGAACAGGAUAAAGAAAACUUACUGAAAGACUUCAUCGACUACAUAAAGGCCCAAAAGGUAGUUUUGCUUGAAGAUUUGGCUGCUCAUUUCAAACUGAAGACACAAGCUGCAAUUGACAGGAUAACAGAAUUACAAUCAGCUGGUGAACUCACUGGUGUUAUUGACGACAGGGGAAAAUUCAUUUACAUAUCACAGAAAGAGCUUGAAGAUGUUGCUAAAUUCAUCAGACAAAGGGGCCGAGUCUCUAUCACAGAUUUAGCCGAGUCCAGUAAUGAUUUGAUCAAUUUAAAUCCCGUAACUGUACCCUAGUCCUACCACUAGUAAAUAGUAACUUUUAAGUUUGUUCAUUAUUUUUCUACUUUAUGUCAUUCAUUAAUAUGUAAAAAAAAGAUAUAUAAUGUUAAUACAAAUAUUUAUUUUAAAAAUGGAAACAAA